AUGUGGUGGAUGCUGUUUCCACGGUGGAUCUGGUUUGUGGCCAGUGUGUCGAUGGAGCUCCGAGUGAGCGCUCUGCCUUUUAUCACAUACUCACACCCGGGGAUGUGCCCGAACGAUGUGAAUCCCAAUCUCUGGGUGGACGCCAUGAGCACUUGUACGCGAGAGUGUGCAUCAGAUCAGGAGUGUGAAUCCUUUGAGAAGUGUUGCCAGAAUGUAUGUGGGAAUCGCAGUUGUGUGGCCGCCAGAUACAUGUUUGGGGAGGACAGCCCCGUGGGCAUGCCCAAGGAAGCUACCUGUGCCAACUUCAUGUGUACCCAGCAAGGGGCAGAGUGUGACAUCUGGGAUGGCCAGCCGGUGUGUAAAUGCCGGGAUCGUUGCGAGAGGGAGCCACACUUCACGUGCGCAUCCGAUGGCAUGACCUACUACAAUAAGUGCUACAUGGAUGCUGAGGCGUGCUCGAAAGGCAUCAGCCUCUCCGUUGUCACCUGUCGUUUCCACCUCACCUGGCUGAGCACGAGCCCCGCGUUGCCCACGAUUACCACUCUCCACCCGACUACCACACCCCUGCAGGUGACCAUUCCACUUCUUGCAGAGCCUCAGGCGCCUCUUGUGUUGAGCACCCCCCUUCACCAGACUGUAGAUGUGGGUGACACGGCUAGCUUCCUGUGUGAUGUAACAGGGGCCCCCCCACCUGAGAUCACAUGGGAGAAACAGCUUUCGGAGGGGGUCGAGAAAGUUGUCAUGGGGCGCAAUCACGUGCAGGGGAAUAUGGUUGUCACCCAUGUUGGCCAGCUUGUCAUUUAUAAUGCCAAAAUGCAAGACUCAGGCGUCUACACCUGUACAGCGCGGAACCCCUCUGGCAUGGUGCAAGCCCACCACGCACUCAUGGUGCUGCCCACAGAACCACCAAAGAGUCCAGAAUCUAUCAACUUGACCCAGUGUCACCCUGAGGAGUGUGCGAAGCCACCCGACAACCCCAAGGUUUGUAGGAGUGACCUGGAGAAAGUGAGCUGGUUCUAUGAAUCCCAAAGCAACAACUGCAUUUCUUUUACUCACUGCUACAGCAUUGGCCAACAGGCAACGAAGUUGUUCGCAACCUAUGACAAGUGCAUGCAAUGCUGUGGUCCGGAGCUGUCGGCCCCCUGCGACCUCCCCAGCCUGCAGGGUCCCUGUAAAGCUUAUGAACCGCGCUGGGCCUACAGCAGCAGCCUGCGCCAAUGCCAGUCAUUCAUCUACGGAGGAUGUGGGGGCAAUGACAACAACUUUGAAUCUAAAGAAGCGUGCGAAGAAAUGUGCCCCUACCGGAAAGGUCAUAACUGUAAAACCUGCAAGCCGAGAGGGAAGAUCGUAACCAGCUUCUGUCGCAGUGACUUUGUUGUCCUGGGACGCAUGACCGAGUUCUCAGCGGACGACUCUGGUCACGCGCUUGUAAAUGUGGAGGAGAUCCUUAAGGAUGAGAAGAUGGGCCUCCGCUUUUUUGGUCAGGAGCCUCUUGAGGUGAACUUCCUCAAUAUGAAUUGGAGCUGCCCAUGCCCCAACAUCACAGCCGCUGCCGCUGAAGAUCAAGUUAUCAUAAUGGGCAAUGUCAGCGAAGGCAUGGCGGUGUUGCAGCCUCACAGCUACGUGGGGGCCUCCAGCCCACGUCGUGUACGGAAGCUUAGAGAGAUCAUCUCCAAGAACACAUGUGACAUUCUCAAAGCCAUCACCAACAGUCCUCAGUAGGCUGUGUCCAGGUGGGCAGCAUGUAAGGAAAACUAUACAAAUGUAUUUCCGUAUCUUUGGCUUUUUAUUAUACAACUGCUCUUUACCUGAAAACUGAAUCCGAAAUGGGACUGAAAAGUCCCUAUGAGUCAGGCUUUGUGUCUUAUACUUAUGAAUCCACCUCUAUAAUUUUGUCAAUGAAUAUAUUUCUUACAUUUACUCCACGGUUUAAAAAUGUAUCCAGACCCUUCAAAGACACGAGCACAGGUAUUUUGUUAAAUUGUGGAAAAAAAA